AUGUAUGGUGGAAACGGUUAUGGUGGCGGCUACGGCGGCGGAGGCGGCUAUGGUGGUCGAAGCGGCGGCUAUGGCGGCGGCGGAGGAGGAUUCGGCGGCGGCUUCGGAGGUGGAUUCGGAGCGGGCGGCAAGUUCUCCGAUCCCGGAUCCCGUCUUGGUCGCAUCGAUUGGAAGCGCGAAAACCUCAUGCCUUUCAAGAAAGACUUCUACAAUGAGCACGAGGAUGUCGCGAACAGACCCAGCUCGGCUAUUCGAGACUGGACUCAAGAAAAAGAAGUCAGCGUUAUCGAAAAGGGCCACAACAAGUGCCCUCGCCCUGUCUUCAAAUUCCAAGAGUGCAACUUCCCCAGCUACAUUUUGAAAUGCAUCGAACGUUGCAAGUUUACAGAGCCAACGGCAAUUCAAUCGAUCGGUUUCCCCAUCGGUCUGUCUGGACUCAACAUGGUCGGUAUCUCCAGAACUGGCUCUGGAAAGACCCUUGCGUUCCUCCUGCCUUCUAUGCUUCACAUUCGAGCCCAGGAGCCCCUGAAGCGAGGAGAUGGCCCAAUCGCCGUCGUCCUUCUCCCAACCCGAGAACUGGCGCAGCAGGUCGAGCAAGUCUCCCGCGAUUUCGUUGAAAGCUCGGAUAUCUACACCACCUGCGUCUUUGGCGGUGCCCCGAAAGGACCUCAGAUUCGCGACCUCGAAAAGGGUGUUGAAAUCGUCAUCGCUACUCCCGGUCGUCUCUUAGACUUCCUCGAAGCAGGCAAAACCAAUCUCAAGCGAUGUACAUACCUUGUUCUUGACGAAGCUGACAGAAUGUUAGACAUGGGAUUUGAGCCGCAAAUCCGAAAGAUUAUCGAUCAAAUUCGACCAGACAGACAGCUUCUUAUGUACAGUGCUACCUGGCUGAAAGAAGUCCAGACCCUCGCCGAUGAUUUCCUCGGGGAUAACUACAUCCACGCUACGAUUGGAUCGACCAAGCUUGCUGCCAACAAGCGAAUUCUUCAAAUUGUCGAUAUCUGCGAUCAAUUUGAAAAGGACGAGAAACUCAUGAAACUCGUAAGUCAUCUCAUGGACGAACGGGAAUCAAAGACCAUCAUCUUCACCGAAACAAAACGUCGGGCUGACGAGCUUGCCUUCAAAAUGAAACGACUCCGAUGGGAAGCAGCUGCAAUCCACGGAGACAAAAGCCAGAGCGAGCGAGACCAUGUGCUCAAGCGUUUUCGAAGCGGUCGAACACCAAUCCUGAUUGCCACGGACGUCGCCUCCCGAGGCCUCGAUAUCAAUGAUGUUAAAUUCGUUGUCAACUUUGACUUCCCGUCGCAGAUCGAAGACUACGUCCAUCGAAUCGGGCGAACUGCUCGAGGAAAAGACGCAAAGGGAACCAGUUACACUUUCUUCACCCAGAGCGACGCCAAGCAUGCUGCGGGUCUUGUUGGCAUUCUGAAGGAUGCUGACCAGCGAGUUCCUGAGAAGCUCAACGCCAUCGCUGAAGACUGGUCGAUGGGACGCGGCCGAGGAGGCCGUGGAGGCGGACGAGGUCGUGGUGGUGGACGCGGCGGUGGCCGUGGAGGCGGAUUCGGUGGUGACCGAGGUGGUCGCUCCUUCGGCGGAGGCGGAGGAUUCGGUGGCGGCAGCAGCAGCUUCGGCGGUGGAGGUGACCGAUACGGAAGCUCGGGUGGCGACCGAUAUGGAAGCUCCCGCGGCAGUGGCCGAGACGACCGAUAUGGCAGUUCUGGUGGAGACCGAUACGGAAGCUCAUCGAGAAACGGCGGUGGCGGCUACUCCGACCGAAGUCGAUCUCGACGAUCGCGCUCCAGAUCUCCUCCACGACGAAGUGGACGAUCCCCACCCAAGUAUGACGACUACCGACGAUAA